AGUUUAUUGCCUUUCAUUUACAUACAGUACAUAGCACGGUUAUAAAUUACUAUUUUUUUACUUAGAAUAUUUUUUUAUUUUGCAUUAGUGUGCGGAACAGCGGACCAUAUGCAACUGGUGCUUCAGAGCACCAGUUGCGUAUUAAGGAUCACCAAGCCCAAGUUAGAUGGCAUAGGCAAAUACGACGUGGACAUUUUGAGCUUUAUCCUUACAGUGGUCAGCACUACAAAGCCUUUGCCGGUCCUAUGGACGAUCUGUGGAGUGGCAUUGUCUGGGUUUGUUUCGUACCGUUGUUCGAGACAUACCUAGAUAGGGGCAUACUGACGAUUCAUGCUCUCUUAGGGGCUCCUUUGCGCUUAUGAUUAGUUCUUCCACGCGACGCUGAUUGGAGUAGUUCCAUCCAGGUAGUGCUAUGUUGUUGUUGGUCUGACCAGUCGUUUUCGUACCUACUGCCUUCAGCGUGUCCGGCACUUAACGAAACAAGAAUCGUUAUUACAAGAAUUACAUUAGGACGUUCGCAGUAACUUUUCGGUCGCGUACGGCUAUCGUAUAGUAUUACAUUUGUUAACAACUUGAUUUUUUUUUGAUGAGUGAUGUGUUGUUGAAAUUGAGUGUUGUUCUUGCAUAGUAAAUAUGCGAAAUAAACACAUUUGUAAUCGACAGGAGAUUUUUAAAACAGGCGGAUAUUUCAGCUGAGUAAAUUCUAAUUAACUGGCAGAUCUUAGUCUGGCAAUAGCUUUGUGGAGCCAGUCUUGUUCGAUUGAAGGUGAGGCUACAAUCAAUGUGUUGUAAUAUAUAUAGAAGCAGUUAGCGGUAUGUAUGUAUAGAUAUAUUUAAUCAUUUCAUUAUCUUAUUACAGAACGCCCACAAAGAACCAAACAGGGAAACGUAUCCUGCUAUUAGUUGUUAAGCGGUGCGCUUCGCCAACACUCGAUCAACGCUUCGGUAAUUUUUUUAACAAAACAAUAACGUAUUAUGUGUAUGGAGUAUUCUAGUCAAUCGCCACAUGCAAACUGGUAUACCAGCACAAAUACGGCCCGCUUUGGUACCCGGCCAGAGAGAUCCGUCGAUUAUCCCAAUGUUAUUGGGAUACCGAAACGCUGUGAUGAGCCGUUCGCAAUACGCUUUCGUGAGCGUCUACUUGUUUUUCUGUUACAAACUUUACAUGAUGUAAAGUCGUCAGGUUAUUAAAUUAUAAAUCUGUUUGAAAAUACGCUAUCGGUUUAGCGAAUCUGUUUAUAAUAUGCGUUGGCUGUACACGCGUAAUGAAAUUCUAUAAAAACGAAGUUUCAUAGUAAUAGAAAUGAACGGUCGAUAUUGUAAACGAGGUUGAAUGUUUUUGAUUAAGCGACAAUUAAGAGACCUAGGAGUCAAAAGUCCGUUGAAGCCACUGGCUAGGCAAUUUAACUGGUUUGUUUUGAUGUGACGUCACCGGCCGAAAUACACGUAUUCGUUGUUCCGACACCAAGGGUUGACUUGAAAUUCAUUUUUAAAGACUAGACUGUGUCCGUGAGUGUGCGUAUGUAAUAGAUGUGCCUUAAACGAAUCGACAAAUCCUAUGAUAAAUCGUAACGCUCCCAUCGAAACUCUAUAGUCGAUUCUCGGAGGAGCUAUUACGAUGGGUGAAAUCGCGGAUUGGUUCCGCAGCUUGCCCCUGUUAACAAGAUAUUGGUUUGGAUUAUCUAUUGUUUUUCCCGUGCUCGGCCGGUUCAAGAUUAUCAGCCCGUACCACCUAAUCUUCAUCUAUAACAAUGUCUUUAAGAAGUUCCAGAUAUGGCGGCCAUUUACAGCGGUGUUUUUCUAUCCGAUGGGGCUUCACUACCUCGUAAAUCUCUAUUUUCUAUAUUCAUAUUCAAUGCGACUCGAGACAUCGGCUUACAACGGACGACCGGCAGAAUACCUAUUCAUGCUUCUGUUUAACUUCAUCUGCAUUCUAAUCGUAGCUGUCUUCAGUGAGAUCCAACUACUCAUGGACCCAAUGGUGUUAUCGGUGCUUUACGUAUGGUGCCAGUUAAACAAGGAGCAGAUCGUAUCGUUCUGGUUCGGCACCCAUUUCAAAGCUGUUUAUCUGCCUUGGGUUUUGUUUGCUUUCAAUUUAGUGAUUUCUGGAGGAGGUCUUUACGAACUCAUAGGAAUCCUUGUAGGCCAUUUCUAUUUCUUCCUUAACUUCCAGUAUCCUCAAGAAGGCGGUCGACAGCUUCUUCACGUGCCGGCCAUCCUGUACAAGUACUUUCCAAACCAGUCCGGCAGCUUUGGGGGCUUCGGUCAAGCCCCCCAAAGACGAGAUCCUGCCGGUCGCGGAGAUACUGGAAAUCAUAACGGGCAAUCACGGGGAUGGUUUGGCGCACACAACUGGGGCACCGGUCAUGUUCUCGGACGACAGUAGCCGAACGAAUGGAAGUAUCUUCCGUCAGUGAAUGGCAUUUUAAAUAGAAAUCAAAUGCAUAUGUAUUUUAUGUCCUUUGUCUACCACUAAGAGCUACCGAUUCCCCUAUUUACCUAGCCAAUGGAGUAAUUGCCUUUCCAGCUGACAUAGAUCCAUCCUUAUUUUACCAACAGAAUCCCUCCCACCCAAUAUAUUUAAGUGGUUCUGUGACUUUUUUUCUCUCCCCCAAAAAUCAGCAGUGAAGAUCGGUUACGAUUUCCGCAAUGUUUGCCUGGAUCAAAAGCUGUCGUCCAAGCAAUCGUGACUAGCGAUUUCUAACAUCGCGCUUAAGUUGUUUACCUUUUUGGUAUCAAUGCUUCUGAAUAGGGGUUCGAUCGCAACGAGCGGAAUUUGAGCAAUGUAGAGGGAAAUGCUAAGCGGAAGAGAUUAAGGUACCUAAUAAUUAACAAACGCAAUCGAGAAGCGGAUGCUGAUUAUCAUUGGACUAACGAAGACGCAAAUGACCGAGACUACGUAACGCGCCUUCAGCCUGUUAAGUUAGAAAUAAACGAAAAACCGCUUGGGUGCCAUUAAUAAAUCGAAAGCCAUUGUGCGAGUACUAUUGUCACCAUACUGAUGGUGCAAAAAAAUCCUUUAUGUCGGGAGAAAGUGAGAUCAAUUUCAAACAUUGUACAUAAUCGAUUAAGGAGCUAUAUUUAAAAAAAAAAAAAUAUAUAUAUAUAUUGGGUUAAGAGUGCUCAAGAAAAGUAGAUAUAUAAGUAGCAUAAUCAAAAGGGGAACAAUGAAAACAGUCGAAAUAAAGACAAGCCUUGGGCUCGAAAUGCAAAUGUGUGAAACAUUAAGUGUGAAACAUUAACUUAAUCUUCUCUGUGUGCGUGUAUGUAAGCAAAAAGGUGAGGCGAUUCAAAAGAGGAACUACGAAGAACUAUAAUAAAACGAUGAGGCAGGACGAUGUUGAA